AUGGAGUUUCCUUGGUAUUUUGUUCUUGUUCCUCUGCUUGUUUUCAUUUUCGUUCUUCAUAAUUGCUUAUUUACCACUUUUAAUGAUAACAAAAAAUUACCACCAUCUCCAAGAAAGCUCCCAAUCAUAGGAAAUUUGCAUCAACUUGGGUUGCAUCCUCACCGUUCUCUCCAUAAACUAUCAAAAAAAUAUGGUCCAGUCAUGCUACUUCACUUGGGGAGUAAGCCAGUUCUUGUUGCUUCCUCUGUUGAUUCUGCUCACGAUAUCUUGAGAACUCAUGAUCUCGUAUGGUCAACUAGACCAAAAUCUAGCAUCACUGAUGGACUCCUUUAUGGAUCCGAAGGUGUGGCCUUUAGUACUUAUAGUGAAUACUGGAGACAAGUUAGAAGUGUCAUCGUGCUUCACCUUCUCAGCAACAAAAGAGUCCAAUCUUUUCGUGAUAUCAGAGUAGAAGAAACAUCGAACAUGAUUGAAAAAAUCAGGCAAGGUGGUGAUUCUUCGAAUUCAGUGAUAGAUAUGAGAGAUGUUUUAAGUUGUAUGACUAAUAACGUAAUCAGUAGAGUGACCAUAGGAAGGACAUACAAUGAAGGGGAAAGUGGAAUAGCUGUUAAGGCUCUCUUACAAGAACUUCUUGCACUUAUAGGUACUUUUAACAUUGGUGAGUAUAUUCCAUGGCUUAUAUGGCUCAAUAAAAUCAAUGGUCUGGACAGCAGAGUGAAGAAAGUAGCUAAAGAUUUGGAUGCAUUUCUAGACAGCGUGAUUGAAGAACGUGUGAUUAGAAACAACAAAGGAGAAUAUAGUGCGGGUGAAGCUAAAGAUUUCGUGGAUGUUUUGCUGGAAAUUCAGAAUGGAAAGGAAACUGGUUUUCCUCUUCAAAGGGAUUCAUUGAAAGCUAUUCUCUUGGACUCGUUUAUUGCUGGCGUGGAUUCAAUAUAUACAACUUUAGAGUGGAUAAUGAUAGAGCUUUUGAGGAAUCCAAGAGCCAUGGAGAAAUUACAGAAUGAAGUGCGAGGAUUAGUCCAAGGGAAAGCAGAGAUAACAGAAGAUGACUUAGGAAAUAUGCAGUAUCUGAAAGCAGUGAUCAAAGAGACUCUCAGGCUUCAUCCACCGGUUCCACUGCUAGUUCCUCGAGAAUCAAUGGAAGAAGUAAAAUUACUAGGCUAUCACAUACCUGCAAAAACUCAAGUCAUUAUUAAUGCUUGGACAAUUGGAAGAGACCCCUUGUCAUGGGAUGAUCCAGAGGAUUACCGGCCAGAUAGAUUCUUAAAUAGUAAUAUUGAUAUCAAAGGAUUAAACUUUGAGGUGAUACCGUUUGGAGGAGGCAGAAGGGGCUGCCCAGGAUCUGUUUUUGCUAUUGUGGCGAUUGAGCUAGCAUUAGCAAGGAUUGUGCACAAGUUCAAUUUAGCAUUACCAAAAGGAGAAGAAUUGGACAUGACUGAAUGCACUGGCCUCACUAUUCGUAGAAAAUCACCUUUGCUAGCAUUGGCUACUCCAUACUCUACUUAAUUAGUUGAUAUUUUUGCCAUAUGAAAUAAGUGUAUUGGUCUACUCUCUUAUUUUAACAUGUUUGGCAGAUAAUAUUAUUAU